UCCUUUACUCGCUUCGGUUCUCUGUCCCACCAUUCUCUCUUUCUCUGUCUGUAUAUCUAAUCCGAUCGAGUAACCUUCGUCACAUUAGAGGCUCCUCUGUCCCACCAUGAGCUCCGUUACCGAGAUCCUUCUUCUUCACCAAUAGAUUCACGUAGAAGAUCUUUCUUCUUUACUACCCAAUCGUCCGUUUUUGAAGACACUGGAAAUUCAAUUUUCUCUAUUUACUUUUCGCCGGCAUGAGCUCCGUUACCGAGAUCGUGUAUGAGCAGCAAGUGGUCGACGGUAUUGAGGAUAUGGCUCUUCAAGAUCAGGACAAAAAGAAGAUCCAGGAAGAGAUGCAUGAGCCCAGUUUCGGGAAUCAUGGUGGCUGCUGUGCAAUAUGCUUGAAUGAAAUUCCUCUUCAAGAAACUGCUAUGGUGAAAGGCUGUGAACAUACUUACUGUGUGACAUGCAUACUUCGUUGGGCGAGUUACAAAGAGAGUCCUACAUGCCCGCAAUGUAAGCAUCCAUUUGAUUUUCUCAGUGUCCACCGUGCUCUUGAUGGCAGCAUUGAAGAUUUUUUGUUUGAGGAGAGUGUGUGCCUUCUCCUGAGAGCCUCAUGGUUUAUACCACUGGAUGUGGUGGAACAUGCAUCAUACAGCUAUGGUUACCACGAUGAUUUUGACAUUCCUUGUGAAUACGAGGAUGAAGAUGAUGACCUUGACGAGUUUUAUCUGCAUGGGUCAAGUCUUCGCUUAGGAAAUCGGAGAUGGGGUGACAAUGGUUUUGUGAGAUCCGGGCGUCAAGAAGCCAGGCCAGUCCAGAAAUACAAUGGUUCUGGUUCUAGCUCCAGUACCAGUUCUGGGUCAUCCUCAUGUGAGCCUAAAGAAAAGCAGGUGAAGACUACAAACACAACAGGAAGGCGUGCAAAGAGGGCAAUGAAGCGGGAAGCUGCUAACAAAGCAGCGGAAGUAGCUUCAGCAGCAAAGCACGAAGCCCAUUUGGUUAGGUUGGGAAGGAAGUGAGGUGUGUGUGUGGAUGGAUGCGCUUCUCUGUAAGUAAAUCGCGCUCUAAAACAAAAAUCCCACCCUCUUCCAUUACUUAGUACCAUCUGUACAGACAACUAGUUUUCAAUGUUGUUGUGUUGAAUCCACGUCACACCACUGUAUAAGGUGUGAGGUUGGAAAUGGUAGAAGAAACAGAAAAAAGUUGUGACCUUUGUUGUCUCAUACAAUUCUUCAACAACCAUUGUAAUAAUUUUAUUUACCGUUGAUUAAA